CGUAAGUAUUCAUUUUCUGGUAUUUAUGAAAAGGCCGUGUAUGUCUGUGUUGACUCGCAGGCGAACGAACUCAAAGGCUCUCCUGGCUGAGUGAGGCAAUUGAGAUUGUUCAAAACAAAAUGACGAAGUUAUUCAUGGUGUUUGUCUSUGCUAUGGUCGCUUGGUCGACGAUAGAGGUUUCUUCAAGCAAAACAUCGCGAGGACUAAGAGAACUACGCUCGUCCAGCAUCAAGUCACCAGUCGUAAUCGUUCCCGGUGCAGGAGGUAGCCAACUGGAAGCAAAGCUCAACAAACCUUCAACACUACAUUGGUACUGUCACAGAACGUCAUCCACCUUCUUUACGUUAUGGUUACAGAAAAGUUCUCUUCUUCCGUGGGCCAUAGAUUGUUGGGUGGACAACAUGAGACUCGUGUAUGACAAAGCAACAAACACCGUGCACAAUGCGCCUGGUGUAGAGACAAGAGUACCAAGAUUUGGCCAAACCAAUACCAUAGAAUACCUGGACACAAAUAACCUGAUUGAGUACUUCAAGCCCAUGGUUGAGGCGCUUGUCUCUUGGGGUUACCAGCGAGGUAUAUCGGUCAGAGCGGCUCCUUAUGACUUUCGAUACGUACCAGACUCGGCAAAUGAUUACUUUACAAAGCUAAGGGGUUUGAUUGAAGAAGCGUACAAAGCCAACGGUAACAAGCAAGUGACUCUUCUGUCACACAGCCUGGGAUGUCCAUACACUCUGGUGUUUCUAAAUAAACAGACUAACGAAUGGAAAAAUACUUAUAUAAAGCAAUGGAUUACUCUGUCAGGAAUCUGGGGCGGUUCUGCACAGAUUCUUCGUCUUCAUGCUUCCGGAGAUUCAUUCGGCCUCCACAUAGUGAAACGGCUGACCGUUCGUGGCGAGCAGCGGUCAUGUACCAGCAACAACUACAUGCUACCAAGUGACGAACUGUGGUCCGCAGAUGAAGUGUUGCUGAAAACCUCCACUCGAUCCUACACAGUGAARGACUACGACGCUUUCUUCAAAGACAUUGGUUAUCCCGAAGGCUCUUUCAUUAGACGAAAUGUCCAAGGUCUUACCUCUCCGUUAGCCCAACACUCCCCUAAUGUCACACUUUAUUGUCUUCACGGAUCCGGAGUAGAUACCCCCGAGUCUUAUACCUAUGCGAAGGGAGAUUUCCCGGAUGGGAAACCAAGCGUUAUCAAUGGCGAUGGUGAUGGCACUGUGAACGAGCGAAGCUUAAAAGCCUGCGGAAAUUUUCAACAAAUGCCUAAAAUUACAGUUAAAGAUUAUGCUGGGGUCAACCACAAUGGUAUCUUGAGUAGCGACCCGGCUCACAGUUUUAUAAAAUCAGUGUUAUUUCAGUGAAAAUGAUAGAUAACUUUUUAUAAAGAGUUGCGUAUUAUUGAGUGAUUAAUUAGCUACGGAUUACUUUUAGUUUGAUCACAUCAAUGGCUAAAAUCACAGUUCAAGAUUACGGGGUCAAACAAUGGCAUAUGUUGAGUAACAAUCAGACUCACAGUUUUAUAAAAUCAGUGUACGUUCCUGUUUCAGUGAAAAUGAAAGAUCAUGCGUUACCAUUUGAUGAUAUUAGCCAUUAAAAGCAUGAAAUAACUUCU